CCAACAUACAAUCAAUGCUUAGGAUCAUUCUUGGAGAAAUAUGGUCGAAUGUCAUUUGUUUGUUAGAGAUGGAAUGGUUUGCUUGAAAACUUAUUUCUUUCCAUAUGAAUUUGCUUGUGCAGAAUGGACCAAGUACUUUACCAGAGGCCACCAAAAUUUCGGCAGGUCCUCAUAAUACCCAAGCUUCAACAAGUUAUUAUGUACAGAGACCUCCUAGUGUUCAAGAUCCAAAACACAUUGCUAAAAGUGAUGUGCCCUCAAGCUUCUAUCAGCACAAAUCAAGAUUAUCUCUUCAUCCUAAAAACUUUGAUUAUUCAAAUACUAGUGCCAAUAAUUCAAUCUCCUCUGUAGCUUACCAUCCAAGAUCAAAACCUCAACAAACUGAAAAUCGAGGGAUGGAAUUCAGGAAUUCAACUUAUAGGAAUGAGAGUGCUUCACCUAGGGAACAUGGGAAUAUGGAAUUCAAGGAUGCUACUGCUGCUGCUCAGGUAGCUGCAGAAGAGCGAGCGAGUAUGGCUGCUCCAGCUACUGCUGAACUUUCAAGUCAUGGAUAUAUUGCCCCUCAGUACUCAAUGGAAUCUAACAUAUCAGGUCAUGGUAUGAGAGACGAGGAACCAAGAAAAUAUAUUGGCUCGGCCUCUCAGUAUGAAUAUCUUGCUAGACAUCCAGUUGAUACUUCCUUUCAUGAAAGGAAUUCUACAAAGUAUGAACAAACUGACAGAAACGAACAACAUAAUCGAACAGGAGAGACUGAAAAUGGUUUUACUAACUUUGUGAAGAAUGAUGGUAAAUCUACUCACUGUUCUUCUAAGUCGACUGUGGAUCCCUUCAAUGAAAAACCAUCAGUGAAUAAUCAAAUUCCAGAUGCAUAUUCUCAAAUAAACUCAUCUGUAGGCAGGGAAAUGGAACAUUUUUCUGAAGUGACUAUGAAGAGAAACUCAGGCAAUGAGAUGCAGUUUGUGAACGAAUUGCAUGGUAUUAAGAAUCUUCAGAAUGUUGAUGAUCAUGAUGUGAGGGACUGUGAACAGUCAAGCUAUUCUUCUCAUUCUCGAUCAAACACUUUCAUCAAUGAUUGUGAUGUCACCUCUAAUUUAGAUUGGCAAAAGUCAGAAAAUGAUAAUAGAAACUCAGGUGAAAAGAUGAAAUUUGUGAAUGAACUGCAUGAUAGAAAGAAUUAUGAUGUUACUGAUUAUCAUGAAGAAAGGAUUGGGAAGCAUUCAAGCUUUUCUUCAUCUUCUAGUUCAAGUAUUUUUAAUGAUGAUGUUGAUGUUGUAUCAAAUUUCAAUCAUCAAAAGUUGGGAAAUUUUUCUGUUGAGAAUUCUGUUCUUCUCAAUGAUAAAGGAAGCCUUCAAAGAAACACAAUUGAAACAACAUAUACUUGUGAUAAUGCCUCAGCAGUUUUUGAUGAUAAUGCCUCAGCAGUUUUUGAUGAUGAAGGUACUUUUGAUUUUGAGGAGGAGCACAAGGUACAUGAAGACAAUAUGAACCUUUCAUAUCCAUUUCAAAGAUCAUCGGCUCAUCCAUGUCCAUGUACAAAUUCUUUGGGCUUUAAGCAGAAGGUUGGAUCACUAAAAGAGCCCUAUUCACAAUCGCAUAUUUUCUCAGAGCAGCGGUCUACUCCUGUCUUCUUUGAAAGUUCAUCAAGCUCGACAGUUCCUUCACAUGGAAAUGACUUGCCUCCAACUUUUGAUAAGUAUGGCCCUAGCUCAGAAAGUGAAGAUGAAGUAGACAAGUCUGAUAGGAACAACAAUCCUAGUAUAGGGAGUCAGAAAAGGAAUAUGGAUUCCCACCAAGCUGAAAACAGUGUUUUCAAUCAACGGUUGGCUGGGGGCAUGGAAGAUACUGAACUUUCUAAUGAUUCUAGUCCGGAAGAAAGUAAGGAAUUGAACUUUGGGAAGUUGAUAGGUGGCCUUCGAAAUAAGGGCUAUAGGCAUCCACCAUAUUUAAAGAUUCCUCAAGGGAGUGCUUUAUCCUCUGGAGAGGCAGAGAAUGAUACAUCUGCUAGAAUUAAACAAACAUCCCCACCCCUAGCUGUGGAGGAUUCAAUUAGUACUAGAUUUUACAAUGAAGAAUGGUGCAGUAGGAAAGGGAGUGGUGAAGUGAGUCAAAAACUCAACAAGAGAAUAUCAGUUACUUGUGUUGAUUCUAGUGAUGAUGACUUUGAGGAGGAAAGACCAAAACAGACUUUUAGUAGCACUCGAGACCUAUACAACAUACUGCCAAGCUCUGAAGAAAAUAAAAGAUCAACCUCAAGGGUCCCCAUGCCAUAUUUUGAUUCAGGAAAUAGUGAUUCCGAUGAAGAACUUCCUAAAACACGUUCAAAGGUUCAUUCAAGCAUUGGUUUUUCUCACAAGACAACUGCCUCCCCGAAUUCAGGAAAAGGUUCCACUCUUAAAGCUACAGUUUCCUCCGAAUUGACGCUAGUUUCUAACCCCAUACCAUAUUUUGGUCCAGGAAAUAGUGAUUCUGAUGAAGAUCUUCCUAAAACAAGUUCAAAGGCUCGUUCAAGCACAAUUUUUUCUCAUAGGACAACUGCCUCUCCAAAUGCACAAAAAGGUUCCACUCUUAAAACUACAGUUUCCUCUGAAUCGAAGCUAGUUUUUGACCCCAUGCCACAUUUUGGUCCAGGAAAUAGUGAUUCUGAUGAAGAUCUUCCUAAAACAAGUUCAAAGACUCGUUCAAGCAUGAUUUUUUCUCAGAGGACAACUGCCUCUCCAAAUGCAAGAAGAGGUUCCACUCUUAAAACUACAGUUUCCUCUGAAUCAAAGGUAGUUUCUGACCCCAUGCCAUAUUUAGGUCCAGGAAACAGUGGUUCUGAUGAAGAUCUUCCGGAAACAAGUUCAAAGGCUCAUUCAAGCACUGGUUUUUCUCAUAAGAGAAAAGACUCUUCUUCAAAUUCACGAAGAGGUUCCACUCUUAAAACUACAGUGUCCUUUGAGCCAGCGGUAGUUUCCGAUUAUGGUGGGGGGAAGAAUUCCUCCUCAAGGAGUUGUAGUGCUGAUGAAGCACUACCGGAGCUUCAGUCUCAUAAAAGGAACUCAGAUAACAGGAAAAGCUUUCAAAACUCCCAGUUGGCACCACAGACCAAAACGAAUUCGUCUGAUGGAUCUUCAAAGUCAUCAGAAAAUGAACAGCAGUCUACUUCUGUCCCAAUGAUUGUAUCAUCAGGUAGCGCAGAAAGUUCGAAGGCUCAAAAUUCAACCGAAGGGAGGCCAAGUUAUGUUCACCCCAAGCUUCCUGAUUAUGAUACUUUGGCCGCACAUUUAAAUUCUCUCAGGCAGAAGCACCAAUGAAUAUGUAUUGUAUUUGCAUUCUGAUAUGCAGUUUACCAAUAUUACUACUGAUUUCGAUGUGCAUGUUUAUACAUGUUCUUUUCGAGGUUUAUAGGAAUCCAACUUUAUUUGUUUACUGAUUUGAUUUCAUAAACUUGUUUGGUUUUUGACUUGUAGUAUUGCAAUAAAAUGUUCAAGUCUUU